UUUUUUGUUUUGAAAGUGACACGAAGACAAUUGUUUUCUUUUUUUGUAAAAUUUCUAAAGAUUUUAACGAAAAAUGUCUGCAAUUGAACAAUUACAAACGAAAAUCGCCGAGUUGAAACAAGAAUUGGAACAACAACGCCAUGAAAGUCAGAUAGCAAGACAACGGAUUGAAAAAAUGUCCGCCGAAGUGGUAGACUCAAAUCCAUACAGUCGCCUGAUGGCUUUGCAGCGUAUGGGAAUUGUCAAGGAAUAUGAACGUAUACGUGAGAAGGCGGUAGCCGUAGUGGGUGUUGGUGGAGUAGGCAGUGUCACCGCUGACAUGUUAACACGUUGCGGUGUGGGCAAACUUAUACUUUUCGAUUAUGACAAAGUUGAGUUAGCCAAUAUGAAUCGUUUGUUCUUUACGCCCGAUCAGGCGGGUCUGUCGAAGGUGGAAGCUGCAGCCAAAACAUUAACCUUCAUCAAUCCCGAUGUAACGAUAGAAACACAUAAUUAUAACAUUACCACUGUGGAAUCAUUUGAUAAAUUUUUGGAUACUAUUGCGCACGGUGGUUUGCAGGCGGGACAACCUGUUGAUUUGGUUUUGAGUUGUGUGGAUAAUUUCGAAGCUCGCAUGGCAAUAAAUACUGCAUGCAAUGAACUGUCCCUAAAUUGGUUUGAAUCUGGUGUUUCCGAAAAUGCAGUAUCUGGCCAUAUACAAUUUAUCAGACCCGGAGAUACGGCUUGUUUUGCCUGUGCCCCACCUCUAGUGGUUGCAGAAAAUAUUGAUGAACGUACUUUGAAGAGAGAAGGCGUAUGUGCAGCUUCCUUGCCCACUACAAUGGGUAUUACGGCCGGCAUGUUGGUGCAAAAUACUCUAAAAUAUUUACUAAAUUUUGGUGAAGUUUCCGAUUAUUUGGGCUACAAUGCCAUGAACGAUUUCUUCCCCAAAAUGACUCUAAAACCCAAUACACAAUGUGAUGAUCGCCAUUGCCUGGCAAGACAAAAAGAUUUCCAGGCUAAACCUAAACCCGUUGUUGAAGUGGAGCAAGUUGAAGAGGAACAACCUUUACACGAUGCCAACGAAUGGGGUAUUGAGUUGGUAGAUGAUUCUCAGCCACAGGAAACCACGGUUAAAACUGAAGAACCGGCUUCAGGUUUGCGUUUAGCUUAUGAAGCUCCCGAUAAACAAACGGACAAUGAUACUAACACCGUAUCGGCAGCAGCGGACGUUAAUUUAGAUGAUUUAAUGGCUCAAAUGAAAUCUAUGUAAACAAAUGCCUUACAUUAUAAGAUUUUGCUGUUCCAAUUUGUUUUUUUUUUACUGCAAUUUGAAAUUUUGUAUUCCAUAUUGUAAUGAUUAAUUUUGUAUUUAUUUUUGUGCAAUUAUAAGUAUUUUACGGCUUUUUAUAAAAGAAAAUUUAAUAAAAUGAUUUAAAAAACUGUAAGUUUCAAUAUAAA